UUAGAUAGAACAAGAGAGAGAGAGAGAGAGAGAAAAGGCAAAAGAAGCAAGAGCGCGAGAGAGAAUAAAAGAGCCGCAUCUUUCGCUAGUCGAGGUCCGUACGCGUUGUUCACACGUGACACUCGUAUAACGUGCUGCGUGGGCAAGGACGAGAAAGAGAGAGAGAGAGAGAGAGAGAGAGAGAGAGAGAGAGAGAGAGAGAGAGAGAAAGAGCGAGACGACACACCGUGUACACGGCCCCGACAUCGACCACCUUCUCAUUCUCGCGCACUCUCGCAAGCUCACGGCGAACUACCGACCAUGUCCAUAGAACCGGGUAGCUUCACCUCCAACGGCAGCAUGAUCGUCGUGAGCAACAGGUUGCCGUUCGUGCUAAAGAAGAACGAGACGACCGGUCAGCUGGAGCGCAAAGCCAGUGCCGGCGGUCUGGUCACUGCAGUAGCUCCAGUCGUCAUCAACGGAAAUGGAGUCUGGGUCGGAUGGCCAGGCAUGCACAUGGACAACCCAAACGAGCCGAUCCCCGAAUCCGAUCCCAAUGAUCGCACACCCACGGCCGGUCUGCUGUCCCGAAAGGUUGUGGCGGUGCAUGUCGAUGCCGGUAUCUUCGAUUCGUAUUACAACGGAUGCUGCAACGGAACCUUCUGGCCUCUCUUCCACUCCAUGCCGGAUCGUGCGACCUUCACCGCCGAACAUUGGCGCGCGUACUCCGCGGUCAACGAACAGUUCGCGGAGAAGACGGUCGGCGCCUUGGCGCAGAUUCACAAGGAGCAGAUGAACCAGUCCAAUGGCACGCCGUUGGUGUGGGUUCACGAUUAUCAUCUGAUGUUGGCCGCCAAUUGGAUCAGGCAAGCGGCCGAGGAGAAGAAUCUCAGGCUGAAGUUGGGUUUCUUCCUGCACAUACCGUUCCCGCCGUGGGACAUUUUCAGGCUUUUCCCGUGGGCCGAUGAGAUUCUGCAGGGUAUGCUCGGAUGCGACAUGGUGGGUUUUCAUAUUCAGGAUUAUUGUUUGAACUUCGUCGAUUGCUGCCAGAGGUGUCUCGGCUGCAGGGUGGACCGGAAGAAUCUACUGGUCGAGCAUGGCGGUAGGACGGUGCGUGUGAGACCGUUGCCGAUCGGCAUUCCGUUCGACAGGUUCGUCUCGCUGGCGGAGACCGCCAACAAGGUCAUGCAGUCGAAUCAGAAGAUCGUUCUCGGCGUCGAUCGUCUCGACUACACGAAGGGCCUCGUGCACAGGCUGAAGGCCUUCGAGAUGUUGCUGGAGAAGCAUCCCCAGCAUCGUGAACAGGUGACCAUGCUUCAAAUCGCCGUCCCGUCGCGCACCGACGUCCGCGAGUACCAGGACCUGAAGCUCGAGAUGGACCAGCUGAUCGGCUGUAUAAACGGUCGCUUCACAACGCCCAACUGGUCGCCGAUCCGCUACAUCUACGGCUGUGUGAGUCAGGACGAGUUGGCGGCGUUCUACCGCGACGCCGCUGUCGCCCUCGUCACGCCGCUCAGGGAUGGCAUGAAUUUAGUUGCCAAAGAGUUCGUCGCUUGUCAAAUCAAUACGCCGCCGGGCGUGCUGAUAGUAUCGCCAUUCGCCGGGGCCGGCGAAAUGAUGCACGAGGCCUUGAUUUGCAAUCCUUAUGAGAUCGACGAGGCCGCGGAAGUGAUUCAUAGAGCUCUUACUAUGCCAGAGGACGAGCGCACGUUGCGAAUGAAUCACUUACGCCGACGUGAGAGAAUUUACGACGUCAACUAUUGGAUGAAGUCCUUCCUGCAAGUAAUGGGAUCGCUCGAGGAGCAUGAUUCUGUGGGCGCCACUACGAUGCAACCCGUGACUAUGGACGACUUCGACGACUACUUGAGCAAGUCCCCUAGGUACAUCGGUGAUAAUCAUAAAUUGGCGCUUCUGUUGGAUUACGACGGCACGCUGGCGCCCAUCGCCACGCAUCCCGACCUGGCGAUCUUGCCGCUCGAGACGAAGAACGUGCUGCAGAGGCUAUCCAACAUGUCGGACGUGUACAUCGCCAUUAUAUCGGGUCGGAAUGUGAACAAUGUAAAGUCGAUGGUCGGAAUAGAAGGUAUCACUUACGCGGGGAAUCACGGCCUGGAGAUUCUACAUCCGGACGGCAGCAAGUUCGUUCAUCCGAUGCCCGCCGAAUUGGAGGGAAAGGUGGCCAGUCUGAUGCAAACGCUUCAAGAACAACUCUGCAGGGAUGGCGCGUGGGUUGAAAAUAAGGGAGCGCUCCUGACCUUCCAUUAUCGCGAGACCCCAAUGGAAGGUCGCCCCAAGAUGGUGGACCAGGCCAAGAAGUUGAUCGAGAACGCGGGCUUCAAGGCCUGCACCGCGCAUUGCGCCAUCGAGGCAAAGCCGCCGGUAGAGUGGAACAAGGGUCGCGCUUCCAUCUACAUUCUACGCACAGCAUUCGGUCUUGACUGGAGCGAACGCAUCAGAAUCAUAUACGCCGGUGAUGACGUUACGGAUGAGGACGCGAUGAAGGCACUGAAAGGUAUGGCCGCGACUUUCCGUGUGGCGUCGUCGCACAUCAUCCGCACCUCCGCGGAGAGGCGUCUGCCCAGCACGGACUCGGUGCUCACGAUGCUGAAGUGGGUCGAGAGGCACCUCAGCAGACGCAAACCUCGUAACAGCAUCGACAUACCGGGCAUCCCGUCGAGAUUUCGACGUAGCAGCGGCGGGAUCACGAUGGAGAUGUCCUACACACCGCCAAAGACAACCCUCGAGUCCUAGAUGAUGCUCAAACGUCAUCCGUUAGCAUAUCAACCGUAUACCCAGCGCGAUAUAUAUCUGUCAUAGGGUUAUGAUGUACUCGUAGCGUAAACAGAGACGAAGGAGCAGGAGAAAAACGCAGGGAUCACGCAAUCCGGAAGUAGGCAGGUAAGAGGAGAGUUAAUCGCUGGGAAAAACGUCGGAGCGCGAGGCUAACGGAGCCUGCUCGUCUCCGAACUGUAUGUACGUCCAAUGUAGACACCGAAGAGACUGCGGAAAGUUGAAGGGAGUGACUUCUUUCCUCAUCUUUAGAUAGCAAGAUCACGAUGUAUACGCUAACGACAGUCGUCGCGAAACUACAGUAAUAGUCGAUGAACGCGCGCGGAGAAUCGCCCCAUUGAUUCGUUCAGCUUUCAAUGUGAGUCAAUAUAUCUUUUGAGAUAUCGGUUAGACGACUUUAGUCCGAAAAGAAGAAAAAAAAAAAAGAAAAUAUCGAGCUGUGUACGAAGUACGCGAUCAAUGUUUUCCUCGCGAUAAAAGCUCCUACUUUUUAUUUGCUUUAUCAUGGAAGUAUAUGUGUGUACAAUACAUGUUUCUAGUUCUUCCGGUGUACGUAUUCUCGCUAAAUCAGUCUUUACGAAUCGUUCUUGCCGGGUCUCGUAUGGUAACAUUGAUGUCGCGUUGGACUGUAUGCGGAUUUGUAACACUUCGAUUCUUGAUCCUUGAGUUCGCGUCGCUCAAUGAAGGAACAAACGCUCAGCGUUUGUAAAUUCUUCAUGCUAUACUCACUAGCGGUUCUUUACCUCGUCAAUAAUUUCCACCAACAGCGUACACACCAAAAGCAUAUGAAAGUAAAAGACGACACGCGAUAGGAUAACGUGUCUCUAGGAUAACGUGUAGAUCUCUCCUCAGGUAUGAUCGACUCAGGUUCAUCCUUCCUUCCUCUUUUCCCCAUCUUUUCUUACGACGACCAAUUAUAUCACAUAUGUCAGGGACACAUUAGUUGUUAGGCUGUGGAUAGAUGUGAGAUAAGGAUCUUAACUAAGAAUUUUAAAUAACGACUGAUUUUCAUCAAGCCUUGCUAUUCCGAGAGGACGGCCCUCGCACUCGAAUUGCGCCUAAUAAACGGAAAGCGGUCGCGUUGACAGAGUAAUCGCAAUUGUUCGAAUUUAUCGUGAGAUCUACGUCGACGUGAAAGAAACAAAUCAAUAAAAUUAUGACUAUUAUUAUUGAGAUUAAUAUAUGCCUGCGUGCAUAGCAGCAAAGGAACGUAGCUUCCAAUGUUGGAGAGAGAGCCUAUAUACUUUCUUUUCCCGUCAUCAGUUGUCGAUUCCGCAACCAAGUUAGUCAGAAAACAGUGCCAAUCGUCAGCGUGUUUCGCGCGAUAUGCGAUGAAAUACUGUGGACAAAUAUCGAUAUACAUAUAAGAAAAAAACCUAAGACACACACAUACAUACUUUCAACAUUUACCACACACUACAAACGUUGUAAACGCGGGCGGAAAACGAGUCCAAACGAAGUUAGAAUCAAAUUAGAUUUUAUACUUUUUCUAAAAGUAGAAUAAGACGCGCGAUGCGCUGGCUUGAUUGACGCAGGAGAGAUUCGGCCAAGUUGCGUCAGUCGUCCCCUUUCUCUCCUCGUGCAUGACGAUUAGCGAUGAUAGAUAAAAUGGCCACGUACCCCGGAUCCACGUAUUCUAUGUAACGUCUCAAAGUACGUUUCGUUGUUCGUUUCUUCAUCCCGCCGGAUAAUACUGAGUUUAAACUGGUGCGAACUGGCGGCGCGUAUCCGUUUCUUGUCACGAGUUCGUCUUAAGGAAGACUCGCCGUCUGCGUCAAACCCGUAUCAGACUAGGUUUUGGAGAUUGAGAAUUCCAGAUUAAUGAUCAGCACUCGGCUAAUCGUUACAAAGUGAGUCCAGAUCGGAACUAGUCGAUUUCUUGAAUUCUAAUUCCCCCCACCCCCUCUUUCUUUUAUUCUCUCUAUCUUAUGUUAUAAUCUUAUUCUAUAUCUUUUAUUCUUUAUCUUAUUUUAUAAUCUUAUUCUUCAAAAUCUUGUUCGAUACGGACGUUUCACGACAAUUAAUUUCAUUAAUUUGUAUAUAUUUCCACAAUGUGUUUGGACGAUCAAACAAUGGAAAUCUGUGGUGAAUUUCCGUGUCGAAAAUUCAAAGAAAAUCCAGUCUGCAGGUUUCCGACGGGAUUUAUAUAUAUAUGACGCCUCACAAGAGCACAAAUUAUAUUUAAUAUAUUAUAUUAAAUUGAGAGAGAGAAAUUAUAUAUACAAUUUUGUUUUGGAAUAAAAAGUUAAGAGACGCUCGAAUGAAGUUGCAAUAUUAUUCAUUAGGAGACUUUACUGUAGAGCAUUAUCGAUCAAUAUCAUCUCGGCACUCGAUUUUGGCUUCUGGAAAUGGAGGUUUUUCUCGGAUUCGGCUCUCAAAGUUUCACCGUUCCCUCUUUGUUUCCUCAACAUCGUGCAGCAUUUCUAACGAGAGCAAUUGACGAUCGUACGUGUAUCAGCUCUGAGCUCUUCUCUUCCCCUCUCUCCGCGUCAAAUGCGCAGGUCAAAUUCCAGUAAUCUCGCACUUUCGCCUCUGUAUUUAUUAGUCAAUUAUGAUAAUCGCUAGUCAAUAAAUAAUGAGCGCAAGCGAGUGACGUUCGGGAGGACGGGGGAGAAGAGAUUGAAACGAAGAUUGAACGAAAGAAAAAGAGGAAAAAAAGCGAAAGAGGCAAACACACAGGAAAAAAAAAGCAGCCGGCGAGAGCGAAAUAAAUGUAAAUUAUGACCGUCGAGUUUAUACGCUAUCGGACACACACCGCGUAACCGUCAUAUCUGUUGAAAGUACACGAAGAAAGAAGGAGAGGAGAAAAAAUACGUAUGUACAUACACGAGAUAUAUGUGUAAAUAUACGCAAAAUACGCGUAGGCGCGCAUCACGCGCCCGCAGUCCUAUGAUGUGCCCUUAAAAGCCAAAUCUCCCUUCCCCCUUCUGCGUGAAAGAAAAAAAAGAAAGAAAGAGGAAGAAAAGGAAAAAUUACAAAUAGAAAAACAGACAGGCCGGAGCCAUUUUACGUUUUUUAUGAGUACUUAGUUUUUACCUCGUUAUACGUUACUACUACCAUUACUACCGCCACCACCUCCACCUUCACCACUAUUACUACUGCGUAGGUGUGUAUAAAAAAUGCAACGCGCGAGAUAGCGGGAGUAAACGACUAAAACUGGCUUCCUCCCGUUACUGUAAACCGACUACGAAACGCAGCGCGGAAAUAAACAUCGUUUCUAAAUUA